ACUACAAUGACAAGAAUGCCACCCAGCCUAACCACUGCAACGACCAGUGUCACCACAACUCUGACCACUGUGGGAUCUGCACUGCUCUAUAUUCAGCUAGAACUGACAACUACAGGACUAGUCCCCAGUGCCCAAGACAUUCUGAGCGCAAUCAAAACUCUCCCAGAUCCAUUGCUACUAUCCAAUAUGACCACAUUGCCCCAGCCUGAGAAAAUGCAGGAAAUCAAUGUAACAAAUACAUCCAGCAAUUCCUUUGUCAUCAACUUCGGAUUCCAGAUCCGCAACAUAAAGAUCUCAAAGGAUGACCAACUCAGGAAUGAGACUCAUGGCCUGAUUCAGGACUGUAUCAAUAAAUUGCUCAACGCAAUACUAACAGAUCUAUCAGUACCGCCUACGGUCUUCCCUCCAGCAAACUUCACGGAUACAACCAAUGAGACAAUUGCUCGUGUUGACUACAAAGUGCAGGAGGGAAAUAUUGAUAGGCCAAGCUCUUUCCUUUCUGACAUCCUGAAACUCUGUGGUCCUUCGAUGACCAUCAGCACGUUGACAACAACUCUAUCCAGCCCAACCACCGCUACGACUAUUGUUUCGAGACCUAUCACCAAUUUUACAACAGCUACGACCACUUUGGGAUCUGCACUGAUCUUCAUUCGGCUGGUUUUCAUAACGCAAUCUUUAGCCCCCAGUCAGAGCGCCAUUCUCACUAUAGUUGAUAAAUUUCUGUCGCCACGACUGAAAUUUGCUUCUAAAAGUCCACGUGAUCCCGUCAGCAUCCAGAAUGCAGUGUUUGAACCUAUAUCCAGCAAUUCCUUUGGCAUUAAUUUCGAAUUCAAGAUACCUCAGGUGAACAUGUCAGAAAAUUACACACUCAGGAAUGACACUUAUGAUGAGAUCCAGACGUCUCUUGAUAACCUGUUGAACGCAAUACUAAACAACCCAACAGCAAGCCACGUGAAUUUCCCUAGAGCGUUAUACACGAGCUUGAAUGAGAGUCUGAUACGUGUUGACUUUAAGUAUGUGUUCCGAGAGGGUGAUAUUAACAAUCCCAGCUCUUUCCUUGCGGAGAUCCUGAAAGCCUCUGGUUUGUCUGAAAACAGUGCAGCAAUAACAAUAUAUCCACCCAGCCAAAGCCUUUUGCUCACCAGUCCUGGGGCUAACAUCACUCCUGUGGGAGGUGGCUUCCCAGUAUGGGCUUUGGCCAUUAUCAUCCCAUGUGCAAUCUUUGUCCUGCUCUUUCCCUUCUGGAUUCUCCUUUGUUGCCUGUUCGGCGGCUGCUGUGCGGCCCUUCAGGGACACUGGAACAGAAGGCGUUUUUCCACUCUUCAGUACAGACUACACAACAAAUACACGCAACGUGUAUUAUAACUCCUUGAAGUUUUUAAGUCCAUUAUGAAAAAAAUGUUCAAUGCAUGUAACAGUUAGAAUAAUCUUUAUGGUUCUUUUUGUCCUUAAAUAAUCAUAUAUAAAUUUGCUAUAUUUUUCAGUUUUAUUCCUUUUUUAAAAAAUAAUUGCCGAUCAGACUGAUUCUGAAAUGGAAAACGUAACUUUUUUGAUUUAAAUGGAUUUGAAAAGAUCACAGCAAAUCAUUUAUGAUGAAUGAAAUGAAAUUGUGUAAAAUUAAUAUGGAAUUGUGUUGCUUAUAUUAAUAUUUAAGGAAGAUGUGUGCUAAAUUACGUUGGACUGUUUUUCUAAAAUUUGAAACUGCACUUACUGCAGUAACCUUAAUUAUGUAUUAGAAAAAUAUAUGGCUUUCUGUAUCAUAAAAUGUCGACAAACGAUAAUCAAUCAAUCUGUAACACCAUAAAUGUCCAGUUUAUAUAAAUGCACCAUAUUAAUAA